UGAGAUUAUACAGUAAAACGCUUAUUUUAAGGAUGCGCUAACGUUACAUCUCAGCGUACUGAGUGGCAGCACUGAUGUAGCUAAGCUAACUGUCGCUUGACCUGAUAGGGUUUUUUUUUUUUUUGUAUUGCGAUGUUUAUAUUUAACCAGCUUAUAAUUUAUAUAUAUUAUUUUAUUAAUUAUACUUUUCUUGCUGCAUGAUUACGAUAUUACUGUCGUUUUCUAAUAAAUUGUGUUAUGACUGGAAUUCUAGCAAGCUCUCUUUUGAAAGUGACGUGCCUCAUUCUGAAUCAUGUGAUGCUGAACUGAUCCUUCGGUAUUUUGCCUAAUAAAUAAGGCAACUCCUAUUAUGUUAAAACGUGCUGCUUCUUUUUGCUCCAUUGUGGUGCUGCCCGUGGCAGUGCCUGGAGCCCUUGGCCUGAUGUCUGCCACUGUUUUUGCUGCAAGUGAGGCCAAAGAAAAUAACACCACCCUGAUGACUGAUGAGCUUUCACUCUAUAACACGCCUGAGUCCCAGCUGAGGUACAAGGAGCCCGAGGUUGGUCAUGUUCAGCAGGGUGUGGCGUCUCUGAGAAAGACGGUGGAACCUUAUAUUUCAUGGUGUCAGGAAAAGACACAGUUUACUGUGGAGAAAGUACAGUCUUACUACAAGACUGUUGAGCCUGGUGUGAAUACCACUCAAACUAUUGUAAAGGAUAUAUAUGCAUUUUUGAAUGACCCUCCAUCUGAGUUCUACCCCAGUGUGGGUGUUAUAGGGUUUUCUGGAAUUCUGGGACUUUAUUUUGCAAAAGGCAGCACAGUCAAGAGACUGAUAUUCCCCACUGGGCUCAUGGCUCUCAGCGCCUCCAUGUUCUACCCACAACAUGUCGUCUCUGUUGCCAGGACCACAAAAGACUACAUAUUUUACUUGGGUUCAGAAGGGCGAGUUGUUUUGGAAGAACUGCUGAGAGGGAAGUCACCAUCCAAGGACAAAAUUGAGAAGAUACAGAAAACCGACAGCCAAAAAUCAAGUUGAGACAAAGCAGUAAGUUUUAUGAGAAGUUCCUGCUUUGCACCUGGAUUGUGUUCUCUUAUCAAUGCACUGAUCAGUUUAGUGGUAUUUGCUAUUUUCUGCAUCGACUGUGUUUACUGAAACUGUAUUUUUGACUUUUCUGUGCAUUAUAUAAAUUUACUUUAUAAAUGUACACUGCAGUAGCAACCAUUUGGACCAACUUGAAAAGGAAAAUGAAUUACCUGACCUGCACUGUGAAAUUUCCAGACAUUUUUCAGCAACUCCGUGACAUUUAAGUCUUACUGAUGGGUCCAAUUAUAUUUCCAGAGUAUUCUACACUAGUGUUGGGAUUGCAUUCUCUCUAGAGCUUUCCAGUAUCGUUAAACAAAGAUCAAAUUUCAAACUUGCAUAUAAUCAUUACACUUACCAUUUCACAAACCACAUUGAUAAGAGUCUGUCCCAUGCAACAUGAACUUGGCUUAGUCUGGACAUAAACAAAAGGAACAUUCUGCAAAGUACAGCACCCUCCAGGAUACAAUCCAUUCUCUGUUCAUUUACAGUACAGUGCAGUAAGUAGUCUGCUUAUACCAUUAUGACUUCCACAUUUGUACUGCAAGGAAAUCCUGAAGGUGUUAUCUUAUGCAUAAAAUGAAAUACAAAUACUUUUUAGAUAUUUUUUUAUUUUAUUUUCAAUGCAUUCGAUCAAUAAAUGACUAUUGAUAAGCUAAUCUGACAUGCAAACUACAGAAUAUGUUUACAAGUACUACUAUAACUUAAUCUCAAGAGUAAAUUGCUGUAUGUUAACAUGAUUAAGAGUGUCUAAAAUAUUUAAAAGUAAUUAAAGUCUUUUUUAAACUGAGAAA